AUGACGAACCGUUCGGAGAGCAUUUCGACCACCAAGGACGACAGCCAAAAGUGCAGGCUGUACGUGGGCUACCUGCCAAAGUUGAAGACAGAAAAAGAGAUAUUAGAUGAAGUGAGCUGCAUAACGCGCGGUCAUUUGGUUCGUGUGAUCACGUACAAGAACUUCGACGAUCCGUCGAUGCACCGGGGCUUUUGCUUCUUGGACUACAGAUCGGUGGCCGCGGUUACGGACGCCAAGCGGGCACUGUCAAAGCAAAAGGUUUUCGGGUGCAAGACGAAGGUGGACUGGGUGGACCCGGAAUCGCAAGUUGACGCGGACACGAUGGCUAAGGUACGCAUACUGUUCGUCAAGCAGUACGGUGGCGUGCUGCACGAACGCGUGCUGGCCAAGAUGUUUGGCCGGUACGGGGUCGUGGAGCACGUGAAGAACUUAAAGAACUACGCGUUCGUUCACUUUGAGCGACGUGAGGAUGCGCAGUCGGCCAUGGAAGCGCUGGACUGUUCCAGGGACGUGGCUUCGGGCGUGUGUCUCGACGUUGCGUGGGCCAAGCCACCGGUAGACAAGAAAAUGCGGCAGCGGAUGUUGCGUAACUGGGAACACCGGGUACGGAAAUCCGCGGUCGCGGCUUCUAGUCAACCGGUUCGUUACGUCCCGUGA